UGCAGAAAGCAUUAUGGAAGAAAAGACUGCAUUUAGCUUCACAAGUUCCAUGUACGUCUUGUUUAUAGUUAGCGUGUGCAAGCCCCUGCUUCCAAUUCUAGAGUGGGUUUUACCCGAGGAAUCUCUCAGCAUUUUCCUCUUGUUGGCCCAAUCAUGACUUUUAGAAGAAUUUGAGAAGAAAAGUUGAAAGAAGUCAACCAAAACACUCAUUAUAAAUCAACAGUAGCUAGCUUGCCAGUUUAGCGCAGUACAGGGGUACAGGAUUUUCUUUCUGUAAGUUAAGCCAUGUGUGGCUUAUGGUGGGCUGCUGUUAUUCUCAAAUUGAGAACCCUGAUAGGACCCAUAGUGAGUGUGCCAUUAAAUAUUUUUGCUAGUGCUUUUGCUCUGCCACUACUUUUCUCAUUUCAAUUGCUCCUCCCUUUUCAUUAUAACAAAUUUGACUAUAUAUUAUCAUUUACAUGUCAAAAAGAUGUCUAAUACUAAUUUCAUAUAAAUAUACCAUUAGAGUAGAGUAAUAAAUUUUAGGGUUUAUACUGUAAAAUAGACUGUAACAUUUUAAGAGAAGUAGACCCGCACUCCAUGGAUUUUCUCCGUACAACUUGUCCAUCAUUUCUUCUCAUUUCUUGAUUUGAGUUUUUGUGACUUCGUAUGCUAUAAAUUUCAUUUCCCUUGUUUCAUAGACAAAGCAAUAUGGAAAAAUAUCCUCAGUUGUUCAGUAGAAGCUCAGUAUUAGAGGACAAAAAGCUGGAAUUGAGGCUUGCUCCUCCUGGAGAAGAUCAGCCUCCUCUUUUCUUUGGUUACAUCGACAGUGGUAUCCAUGGAGGUGGAAGAGCAUUUCAGGAGAAAUUAAUGUCCAAAGUGUUGGCUGGGAAAGCGGAGGAUUCAUCAAAUUCAAAGCCAUGUGGGUCUAGAGUGGCAGAGCCACAGUGCCUAGAUAAGAAGUCUUGUUCUAGUCUUGAUACUUCUUCAGUCGCUGCAAAAACACCUAUGGCCCAUGACUCCAGUAAAAGGAGUGAAGUUGCUCCAGUUGUUGGAUGGCCUCCAGUUGGUUCAUUCAGGAAGAAUCUUGCAAACAGCAUCUUGUCAAAGCCAGCUUCCAAAAUACCAAACGAAAUCCUGAAGGAUGCAAAAUCUGAAAGUUCCAAAGACAAUUUUUUUGUCAAGAUCAAUAUGGAAGGAGUCCCCAUUGGAAGGAAAAUAAAUCUCGGUGCCUAUAAUAGCUAUGAGGAGCUCUCCUUUGCCAUUGAUGAGCUGUUCAAAGGUUUACUUGCAGCUCAGAGAGUUCCUCCUGCUUCUGGAAAUGAAAACAAGUCCAAAAAUUUGGAAUUAAUCACAAGUACAGUCGCUAAAAGUGACGAAUAUACUCUAGUCUACGAGGACAAUGAAGGAGACAGGAUGCUUGUUGGUGAUGUGCCAUGGCACAUGUUCAUAUCCACAGUGAAGAAGCUCCUGGUACUGAAGAGUUCUGAAAUUGCAACUCUUCCACUUUGUUGCAGUGAACACUGAAAGGCUUUAACUGGAUGAAUCCCACAUGCACUUCAACAUGAAUAUGGAUUAAAUUCCAUUAUCCGACUGCAGUAGUUGCUUAAUUUUCCUCUGAUUGUAUAUGUAGAAUUUGCCUACUUUUGUUCAGAGAUGGAAUAGGAGAACAUUGCCAGUUGAAUUCAGUAUGUUUCUUGGCCUUAGUAGAAUAAGUCAUGUGAAUGAAAGUCGCUUUGCUUAUGACGUA